AUCUGUGGGAGCUCGUACGAGUGGACAAGAUGAGAGGCUCGCGAACACGGACAAGGUAGCCCAAUGUUGGUCUUAUGCUAUCAUUGAAGAGGAUAAUCCGAACAUGGCGACAUCUAAGCAGUAUUUCAUCUCUUGUUUCAUUUUACUAUUUAUGCCAUAGCUCGACCAUCAUUAUCAGCUGAGUCUCACAGCAAGCCCUAAAAGGCGCUGGGAGGGGUACGGAGGAGCGGUAGGGUCCAGUUUGGGGGGUUCACGCAGCAGAGCGUCGACGCCCAGUCCUGGUGAGAGGUCGUCGUCGAGUCCAGAUAACUACCCCAAAGACGAUGGCGAGGAACAAACAUCUGCCUGUGUUACCGAACAAAGCUCGCCGAAACGACCAGUACAGGCCCACGUACGGUCGUUCGAGUCGGCGUCAUCCACCUCUAAGAAUGUCUCGAUGGGAUCGGUCUCGUUCACCGCCUCAACUUCAUCGGUCGCGUUGUCUUAUAGUGCAACAGCCAACUCAUCCUUGGCACCCGCCCCUCAGCCGUCUGCCUCCCGCCCCGCCGUGAAGAGGAGAAUCAGUGCAUCCGAGUCGUCGCCGGAUAAGAGACGCAAGGUGGAUGAGUCAACCGACGCAGCCGUCCCGGGAGCCCCGGGACAACCUUCGACGGCCAUGACUCCGACUCGUUCGCUCAACGCGAUUCUUCCCACGUAUUCGUUCAGGGACUACAAGGACCCAGAAGCUACCAUUUACUACACACGCGACGAGAAGGAGGCGGACCGACUUGUGCAGACGCUUGCAGGGCCUCUGGGCUUCGACAUGGAGUGGCCCUACCGUCAGGCUACGGCUAACAGCGAGGAAUAUGUGGGACGUACUGCUCUGGUGCAACUUUGCGACAAGCGAACGAUCUUACUAAUUCAGGUCAGCGCGAUGUCCCAAUUCCCGCAGAAGGUAGCGGAAGUAAUCAAGAACCCCUCCAUCGUUAAGACGGGAGUACACAUCAUGAACGAUGGCGAGAAGCUUUCUCGCGAAUUUAGCAUUCGUGCAUGCAACCUCGUCGAGCUCGGAAUGAUGGCCAAAGCAGCAGACGAUAGGUUUUCAGGGAAGUACCCCCGGCGCGUUGUCGCACUUGACAAGGUGGUCGAGAUGUACCUCAGCAAAACCCUGGCGAAAGGCGAGGAGCGCACGUCAGACUGGACAUCGGUACUUGAUGAUAAGCAGCAAGAGUACGCAGCUAAUGACGUGCACUCCAGCUGCCUCGUCUAUCACCGUCUGCUCAGCAUUGCUGUUGAGGCAAACAAGGCUAUCGACAUGUCAGCUCUCAGGCUCGACGUCGGAUUGAGCAAUAACCCAAAGUCCUUGGACGAUGCGGAACGGCAAGCGGAAUGGCAAGCCGCUUCAACAAACAACGUGUCCCGCCAGACGUCUAACACAAACAUGAGACGACAAUCGACGGGCACAUUCAACAACAGUCCUCCUAGAAACCACGUACAGUCGCAGCCGUUGAGGGCGUAUAACAUGUGGCAUCGUGAUCAUACUCCCCUCAGCGAAAUGUGCACAUUACUAAAGAAGAAUCGGAAUCACCCUGAGCCUCUAAAGUCCAGCACCGUUAUAGGAUACAUCGUCAAGGCGCUCCAAGAAAACCCUUCGUUACCGUACGACAGGGUUCGUUUAACGGCGCUGGUCAAGAUGGACGCUGGGAGCUGGAAGUAUUAUGGCGAAUGGGUGUCGACCCGCACUUAAUCUUUGCGAAACGCUGGCAAACUUACUUCCUACAUAUUUCCUUGCUUUCUCUACCUCUGUAUCAGUAUUUGUCUCAGUUCUAU